AUGGCCAGCAACACCUACUCAGAGAAGAUUCCAGGGGAGACAAAAGCGCCGCCCAAGGUCGCCCACGACUCCGACGACGGCGUCUUUCAUGGUGCCAAAGAUGGCCACCAUGAUGUCGAAGAGGGAACUCAUCACCAAGCGAAGCUCAGCCGUGGCUUGCAGGGUCGACAUAUGCAGAUGAUUGCAAUCGGAGGGUCCAUUGGUGCUGGUCUCUUCGUCGGCUCCGGCUCUGCGUUGCAAUCUGGUGGUCCAGCGUCCUUGGUUAUCGGAUUCAUCAUCAUCGGUAUCAUGUUGCUUUGCACGGUGCAAGCUCUCGGUGAACUAGCGGUCUUGUACCCGGUCAAUGGAGCCUUUUACGUGUACGGGGUGCGAUUUAUCGACCCUGCCUGGGGUUUUGCGAUGGGAUGGCAAUACGCUAUUGGCUGGCUGGUCACGCUACCGUUCGAGAUCACUGCUGCAGGCAUCACCAUCGACUACUGGCACCAUUAUAACAUUGGCAUUUGGAUCGCCGUGUUUCUCACCACCCUGAUCAUCGUGCAAUUCUUUGGUGUCAAGGGUUACGGAGAAGUCGAAUUUGUGCUUGGUGUCAUCAAGAUCAUCGCUGUUCUCGGCUUCAUCAUCUUCGGCAUCAUCGUUGACUGCGGCGGUGUCCCGAGCGACGACCGCGGAUACAUCGGCUUCAGAUAUUGGAAUGACGCCGAGCAUGGCAACAAGGCUUUCCGCCACGGUUUCAAGGGUUUCUGCUCUGUCUUCGUCACUGCCGCCUUUGCCUUUGGAGGGACCGAACUUGUUGGUCUGGCGGCCGCCGAGGCUGCCAAUCCCAGGAAAUCCCUCCCCAAGGCCACCAAACAGGUCUUCUGGCGCAUUGCCGGCUUCUACGUGGUCUCGCUGCUCAUCAUGGGAAUCAUCGUGCCCAAUAGCUCUCCUGACCUCCUCAACUCGUCCGGUGCCAACACCAAAGCCUCCCCCUUCGUGCUUGCCAUCAAGUACGCGGGCGUCAAGGGCCUGCCGUCGGUGUUCAACGCCGUCAUCACCAUCUCCGUCAUGUCGGUCGCCAACUCGUGCACGUACGGCUCCACCCGCACCAUGCAGGCCCUGGCUCAGGGCGGCAUGGCGCCCAAGUUCCUGGCGUGGAUCGACAAGAAAGGCCGUCCCGUGUGGCCGGUUGUCAUCCAGAUGGCAUUUGGCUUGCUGGCGUUCAUCAACGAGGCGGCCACCGGCGCGACGGUGUUCAACUGGCUGCUCGCGCUCACGGGCUUGUCGUCGUUCUUCGUGUGGGGCUCCAUCUGCUACAGCCACAUCCGGUUCCGCGCGGGCUGGAAGGCGGCCGGCCGCUCGCUGGACGACCUGCCGUUCCGGUCGCAGCUGGGCGUCUACGGGUCGUGGGUCGGGGUGUUUCUGGUGGUGCUGUGCAUGGCCGCGACCUUCUACGUCGACCUGUUCCCACUCGGCGGCGACCCGGACCCCGAGGUGUUCUUCGAGGGCUACAUCGCCCUCCCGAUCGCCCUGGCGCUGUUCGCUUUCUGGAAGCUGUGGACCCGCGACUGGGGCCUCAUGGUGAAAGUGCGCGACAUGGACCUCGAUUCUGGAAGGAGGGAGUUUGAGGACAUCCCUGGCGACGAUGACGAGCCGGAGAGGAAGAUGAGCGUGGGUCGGAGGUUGAGCCGGGCGGUCUUCUAA